UUUGAUUAGCAUGAAUAAUAAAUGGUGUUGCUGGUCGCGCUCUCGCUUUUUUCUUUCUCAUCGUGUUACAUUGAAAGAUGGAGUGUUGGUAGACAUCCAAAGAGACUUGGAGUACCAAAUGGAUAGUUUAAAGAUGAAAUCGUUGCUUAUAGUACUAGUAGCAGCUGCUGCGGUGUUUGUAGGUGGUGUAAACACGAAACCAAGACACCGAGAAAUAAAACGCGCACUUGCUGUUGCUCCAAUAAAACAGACAAAUAAAUUUGACAUGGAAAAUAAUACUACUAAAAAGGAUAGUCUGGUAGAUUUACUUCAAACCGUCGAGAAAGAUGCACAAAAUAAUUCACGUGCAACUACACAACAUAGCAACGAACCUUAUAAGUCAAAUGACGUAAGUUUCCAUGCAACAAGUUCAAAUCUCAAGGUAAAUGUAGUCAAUGUUGAUGACGAGAAAUCACAAGUUAAAAAGAACAAUAAGAAAAAGGGAAACAAGGAAAGCAUCGAAGGGGUUGAGCAGUUUGUUAGUGAGCUUGAAAAGGCAAAGAAGCAUUCCUCUAAAGCAGUCUUACGCCAUGGAAGACAUAAACUUGUUGUCAAGCCUGUAGACUUUCAUAAACUGUUUGAUAACAUGGUAUUGAUGCGCAAAGAGGAACAAUCCAAGUCGGUAAAUACAAACGAAGGCGGAACGGCGGGCGAUAGUGACAGUCUGUCUGGCAGUGGCGAGGAGAGAGGGAGUGCGGCUAGCUUAGGCGACGAGUCAUCAGACGAAGAAGGCCCCAAAAGGAGACACGAUAGCCAGCAUGGGGUGGCAACGCAAAAGGUGAACUUGCCUGCACGUCAGAAGCACAAGCAUGAUAGAAAGCAAGACAAUGAUAGAACUGAAAGAUUCCCUGGAAUAGGGGUGCAGAGUAUUGACGGAAUGCCGGGAAAUGGAAUAGAAGGAAUGGCCGGAAACGGAAUACAAGGAAUGGCCGGUAAUGGAAUGCAAGGAAUGGGUGGAAUCCCGGAUAUCACAGAAAACAAUAUGGCAGGUACGGCUGGGUUUAGUACUCAAGAUCUUGGAGGGUCGUGGAAAAGCAUAAGUGACAUAGUGAAUAAAGUGGAAGCAAAUGAGUUCCAAACAACUGGAAUUAGAGGAACUGGAAUUAGUGGGUUAAGAAAUUACAAUGGAUUAACAGACGGAUUAAGCUCAUUUAGUGGUGGGAAAACAGCGGAAAUGAUGAAUUAUGGAAUGAACGGAUUGCAAGGAGGAGUGGACGCAAACAAACAGGAAUCCCCAAUUAGCAGUGAAAAUUCUAUGCUUAACGGUGGUCUUGCUAGCAUGUAUGGCCCAAACAGUAUGGGCUCUGAACCUAGUUCUUUCCAGGGAAUGGGUCCAUCCAUGACAAAGAGCAGCAUGCAGAUGCUUCAAGACGAGCAGCAAAUGGAGAUGAUGGAGCGCUCCGCCGCACAGUUCAAUAGCAUGGGUAUGAACCGCGAUACUAGGCCACCCCCUGAAGUGCCAAUCAUCGCUCCACCAAUGGGGAACCUUGAUGAAAGCCUCUUUAACUCUUAUCGUCAUUCUCUGCCCGAGUUCGAACAUCAUGUGCCGCGCGAGUUCGAGCAUCUUCCGCCUCGCGACAUUUCCCCUUACUUUGCCCCGCAACAGGAAUAUCGGCGCAUAUCUCCCUACUUCGGGCGCAGUGACGCAGACGACGAUGAUGAUGAAUACCCGGAUGAGGGGGCUAACGGUGACAGGCCACCAGAAGAAGGUUACUAUGGUAACGAAAGCAGGCCUGAAGAAGAAGGAGAGAAGAAACGAUCCCAUGUAAAGGGUAAACAGCGGCAGGCGCAUGCGCACAGAGAUCACAAGAAGCACUUCACGAGACGGGUGCUCCAUGGGAAAAAACAUAAGCACAACCAAACAACACGGGAAGCCGGGGACUCUAGAUAAAGCAGGAACAAUCAUUUGCAUGUUUGGAUUUGUAUAUUAUUUUCACGUGUUGAUUAUAGCACCUCAUGUGUUGUUGUCAUGACUGUCAGGAGGAAAAACUCACGUUAGUCAAAGAACCAUUCGCAUGUUUGUAUUUUUUAUUUUUUUUUUAUUAUUCAACCUUAUGUGGAAGUGUCAUGAUUUUCAGGGGGGAAUAACCACACGUUCAUCAAAUAACCAGUUGCAUGUUUAUAUUUGUAAAUUAUAUCAAUAUAACGUUUUGAUUAUUGAA